AUGAAUAUUGAUGGAGACCCAGAGGAUGGAGAAUGGUCUGAAUGGGGUCCAUGGACUUGUGGUGCAAGUUGUAAUGGAGGAGUGGGUUCAAGAAAACGUGUUUGCAAUAAUCCUGAGCCAAAUAUAAAAGGUGAACCGUGUUUGGGUCCAAGUAUAAUGACAGGAAGAUGUAACACGAUAGCUUGUGGUGAUAUAACAGAAGAUACAGUUUCUUUGAUAAGACGAAGAAAGAGAACUAAUUUCACAGCAAUAGUGGUCAGAGAAAAUCAACCUACACUUAUAGUACCUGAUGCUGAUGUUGUAGCGCGAAUUGGCGAAGAAUCACCCAACUCUGAUAUUCAAUGGUCACACGAUGGAAUUAUUAUCAAAGAGAAAGAUGAUCGAGUUUUUAUUCAAAACUAUACAAUUGAAAUAAAACAGACCAGAGUCCAGGACUCAGGAAUCUAUGCUAUCAGUGUUCGUAGAGUUGAUGGAACUCAUCUAAUUCUCAAAGUGAUCAGUCUGGCUGUUCAACCCAGCCAAACAAAACUAACAAUUCGUGAGACCAUGCCAAUGACCAUCAUCUGCCGAUGUGUGAUUUUAGGAUACGUUUAUAAAAAUUUAAAAAUUACCUGGUUAAUUAAUAAGAAGACUUACAAAAAUUAUGGAAUAUCAGUACCAAUAACUGUAAAUGUUGAUACUGUUCUUGCUAUUAAUCAAUCUCAUAAUGGACUCUGGGAGUGUCAAGUGAAAGAGGAUGAUUUAAGAUUCAUCUGGACGACUAACGCUAUUCUAGUGAACGUCAUUAGUGCACCUAAUUGGCGCACAUAUCUUAUGGAAGAUGAAUUUACAAAGCUAUUUUUCGGUUGGAUGCCAAAUGAAACUUUUGUUGCUGUUUCAGUAGUUCUGAUGUUUAUUAUCAUAAUAUCUACCAUUUCUCUCAGUCUUUAUUAUUACCUCAAAUUCCAAGAUCGUUUAAAAGGUGGCAUGUCUGCUUACUUAAAGCAAAAAAAAUUAAACAAAAAAAUUGCAAAACCAGAAACAACACAGUGGCAAAAUAAUUUACGCCAACUGAUUAGACGAUUUUCACCUUCACUUAAAUUAAAUGGUAAGAUAAAAAAGAAAAAAACUAAAGCAGAAGAAGAAGUGGAGCUAUUAGUAUUUGAUAACGCUGACGAGAAUACGUAAAUAUAAAGCCGGAAGAGAUCGUGUGGUAUCUAAGUAGAAAACUAGUUAUUGCUUUAUUUAUUUGUUCAAUUUUCUACAAGAAUGAUGUACUAUCUAUUAAAAAAUCCAGUUAAAAGGACAUUCGUGUUGGAGUAAACUAGUUUUGUCAGUAGUAUUACUCUAAUGAUUAAAUUUUUAUGUCGAUGUUAUGAAUCAAAUAAUAAUUAAUUCAGUGAAUUUUUCUUUCAA